GUACAAACCAACCAUCCAACACAGCCAGUACAAACCAACCAUCCAACACAGCCACUUCAUCCAGUGCAACGACACCCUCCUGUACAACACGUCGAUGUCUGGCCAGCAUGCUGAUUGCGAAAGAAGCUCUGAGUCAGCCACAGUCUCCAUCAUGCAUCUCAAAUAUCAGUGUGCCGUUAAUAGUGUAUGAAACUCUGUCUGUCGACACAAAGGAUCUCCGCUUCGAGAGUCAUCUGCAAGUCAUGUUGUCUUGGGAAGACCCUGAUUUAUCAUGGAACACAUCAGUCUAUCAUCAUGAUAUGGUGGUCCUGCCUGUCAGCAAAAUCUGGACUCCUGAACUCCAUGUGACUAAUGGAGUGCAAACAACGAUGAAGCACGGCAACAAGGACUUGCUGGUGCACAGCAACGGGACUAUAGAGCACAUGGUCAUCAUGAACACUGUGGUGGGCUGUGAAGUCAAUCUGUACAACUACCCCUUCGCUUCAGAUUUCUGCCCCAUCGCCAUCAAUGUAUGGGAACUUAAAGGAUGUGGCAUGUUCCUGAACUUCGGGAAUGUGAGCAAAACUAGCGCAAACCGUGGGGACUGGCUAACCGAGGAGGUGGAACUUAACACUAAAGGAGGCAGAGAUGAUCGCAACUAUCUAUGGGUGUCGCUGAAAAUGCGGUCUGAAAACCCCUUUCUGUCCCUGGUCCUGCCCAGUAUACUGAUCAUUGUGGCAGAUGUGGUGAGCUUCUCCCUGCCACUGGGAGGGGGCGAGCGUAUCUCAUUCAAGGUUACACUGGUUCUCAGCUUCAUCAUGUUCCUCAUCAUCCUCAACGACCUGCUGCCUGGAGGAGGCCAGUGCAGCCCCAUCAUCCGAAAGCACUUCUGUUUCUGUUUGGUCAUCCUGGUAUUGAGCACGUUGCAGUCUAUGGUGCUCACACGCCUGGCUAAGUGUGGCACUCUCUGGCCCUGCAGCCUCUCCAAGUCCAAAGACUCACUGCUUAAAGACACAGACAAUGAAGAGGAAUCCAAGUCUGAUAUUAAAGCCUCAGAGGAAGAGAAGAAUACAGCCCUCCAGAAGGUGGUGAAGUUUCUCAACAAAAUGGCUGCACAAGACCAGAAAAAUGCUAUACACCAUCGCUUUGCCAACAAAGUGGACUUGAUCUGUUUCUGUAUCUAUCUCACCGUCCUCAUUGUUUAUGCAGUCGUCAUUUUAUAUUUCUCCUUUGGUUCUCAAUGUAAGAUCAACCAAUUAGAUUUCUGGUCAUAAAUUCUUUAUUCGCUUUUAA